AAGGAGCAUCUUAACGUCGUCUUCAUGGGUCACGUUGAUGCUGGAAAGUCUACCAUGGGUGGUAACAUCCUUUUCUUGACUGGUAUGGUCGACAAGCGUACUAUGGAGAAGUAUGAGAAGGAAGCAAAGGAAGCCGGUAGAGAGUCCUGGUAUUUGUCUUGGGCAUUGGACACUAAUGUAGAAGAGAGAGCCAAGGGUAAGACUGUUGAGUGCGGCAGAGCUUACUUUGAGACCGACAAGCGUCGUUACACUAUUCUUGACGCUCCUGGCCAUAAGAACUUUGUCCCAAGUAUGAUCAGUGGUGCUUCUCAAGCUGAUGUUGGUGUGCUCGUCAUCUCUGCCCGUAAGGGUGAAUUUGAGACUGGUUUCGAGCGUGGAGGCCAAACCCGUGAACAUACCAUGUUGGCCAAGACUUCAGGUGUCAACAAGAUGAUUAUUGCUAUCAACAAGAUGGAUGAUCCCACUGUCCAGUGGGACAAGGCUCGUUAUGAUGAGAUUCUUUCCAAGCUCACACCUUUCCUCAAGCAGACUGGUUUCAACCCCAAGACUGACAUUGCUUUCAUGCCUGUUUCCGGUUUCACUGGUGCUAACAUUAAGGACCGUAGCAGUGAAUGCACCUGGUACAGCGGACCCUCUCUACUCGAGUAUCUGGAUGACAUGAAGACUCUUGACAGAAAGCUCAAUGCUCCUCUGAUGGUUCCUAUUGCCGAAAAGUAUAAGGAUAUGGGUACCAUUAUCGUUGGUAAGAUCGAGUCUGGUAGCGUCAGAAAGGGACAGAAUGUGUUGCUGAUGCCCAACAAGCGUGUUACUGAAGUGACUGCUAUCUACAAUGAGACUGAAGAUGAAGUCGACCAUGCCAUCUGUGGUGAUAAUAUCCGUAUGCGCCUCAAGGGUGUCGAAGAAGAUGAAGUCUCUCCAGGUUUCAUGCUUUGUGACAAGAAGAAGCCUGUUAAGACUACAACUGUAUUCGAGGCUCAACUCGCUAUUCUUGACCAUAAGAACAUUAUCUGCGCUGGUUACACCGCUGUGCUUCAUCUCCAUGCCUCAGUCGAAGAAAUCACUUUGACAUCCCUUCUUCACUUGAUUGACAAGAAAACCGGCAGAAAGUCCAAGCGUCCCCCUCAGUUUGUCAAGAUGGGACAAAAGGUUAUUGCUCGUGUCGAGACUGCCGCACCCAUGUGUAUUGAGACCUUUGAAGAUUAUCCUCAGCUUGGUCGCUUCACUUUGCGUGACGAGGGUAAGACCAUUGCUAUUGGUCGUGUUGUAAAGGUCUUGGAGUCCGAGACUGCUGAACAAGAAAAAUAA